UGGGAACAGGAAUCCAGCCUCCACCGCUGACACCAUGACCCAGUCGUGCUGCUCCCCUUGCUGCCAGCCCACGUGCUGUGAGUCCAGCUGCUGCCGGCCUUGCUGCCCCCCAGUUUGCUAUGAGGCCACCCAAACGACUUGCUGUAGGACCACCUGCCGCAAACCGACUUGUGUGACCACCUGCUGCCAGCCCACGUGCUGUGAGUCCAGCUGCUGCCAGCCCUGCUGCCAGCCUGUUCGCUGUCAAACCACCUGCUGCAGGACCACCUGCCUCAAACCCACCUGUGUGACCCCCUGCUGCCAGCCCACGUGCUGUGAGUCCAGCAGCUGUGGACAAACCUGCUGCGGGUCCAGCUGCGGACAGCCCUGCUGCCAGCCCUGCUGCCAGCCCUGCUGCCAGCCCCUUCGCUGUCCAACCACCUGCUGCAGGACCACUUGCUGCAAACCGACUUGUGUGACCACCUGCUGCCAGCCCACCUGCUGUGAGUCCAGCUGCUGCCAGCCCGUUCGCUGUCAAACCACCUGCUGCAGGACCACCUGCCUCAAACCCACCUGUGUGACCCCCUGCUGCCAGCCCACGUGCUGUGAGUCCAGCAGCUGUGGGCAAACCUGCGGCGGGUCCAGCUGUGGCCAGCCCUGCUGCCAGCCGGCUUGCGGUUCCAGCUGCUGCCGGCCUUGCUGCCCCCCAGUCUGCUAUGAGGCCACCCAAACGACUUGCUGUAGGACCACCUGCCGCAAACCGACUUGUGUGACCACCUGCUGCCAGCCCACCUGCUGUGAGUCCAGCUGCUGCCAGCCCUGCUGCCAGCCCCUUCGCUGUCCAACCACCUGCUGCAGGACCACUUGCUGCAAACCGACUUGUGUGACCACCUGCUGCCAGCCCACGUGCUGUGAGUCCAGCAGCUGUGGACAAACCUGCAGUGGGUCCAGCUGCUGCCAGCCCUGCUGCCAGCCCCGCUACCAGCCGGCUUGCAGUGCCGCUGUGUACUGCCGCAGAACCUGCUACCACCCCACGUGCUUCUGCCUGCCGGGCUGCCUAGCCCAGAGCUGUGAGUCCAGCUGCUGCCAGCCUUGCUGCCGCCCUGUCUGCUGUCAGACCCCCUGCUGCCGCCCUCGCUGUGUGUCCACCUGCUGCCAGCCCUCCUGCUGCUGAUCCUCCCACCAUGGAAUCAGGGGACAGAGAACAACCUUUAGACAACUAACCUGUGACUGCUCCAGCCGCAAGCUUCAUCCCUAGGCUUUACUAGGCUCCAGCAUGUCGCCACCAUCUUUCUAUUAGUCAUAUGCCUGAUUACAAGGCUCUGUGAGAUGGCGUGGUAACAUUCAAGCAACCCGAGCCUGACUUUCUUUGUCUUUAGUUGCUGUUGACCUCUGUGCUACCAGCAAGUCUUUGGUCUCCUCGACCUACAGUCAUUGUGUUAUCCUUGCGAAAAUGAUCACCCCUUGUCCUGAGUAAUCUAAAUGCAUCCUUGGGAUAGUUUUCUUAGGUUUCUUCCAGGUUUACUGUUUCCUUAUCAUUUUUUUCUCUAAUGGAGUCCUGAUUCUUCUGUUUUACUUCCUCGUCUUGUUAAUUACCCUGUGUUACCUUCCCAGCUGUGAACAAGCUUCUCUGAUUCCUUCCCAAUAAAGCCUUUUUUGUCUUCCACUAUAUAAUGCGA